UAAGACCUCGGUGACAACACACACACCGCAGGGAGGGGCAGAUCGUAGACGCUGACAAUUAUUCUGUGUAAAACGCAGGGAAAUUUCGACAUUAGGCCAAUGAAAAUAGUACCACGUAUACAAGAAUCCAUCCGUUGAAGGUGAACAAUGAAUAAUUCUUUUUUCAGGCGGGAAUAAUUUGACGGUGGUGAGCCAAUAGUGGAUAUGUUCUGUAAGAAUCAACCUUGCGUGUUGUUAUUUAAGAAGCUGCGACAGCGGUGAGGUGCUGGCAGUGCGUUCAAGAACGUGGAGUAGAUAUGGAUAUUUCUUCUGCUGGGAUUCAGUGUGCUGGAGUCAUCCUGUUCUUCUGCGGAUGUAUGCAAGCUGUGACAAUAACCUCGCUUCCGUACAGAGGAAAUGAACCAGGUUUCAGACUUCCAAGAGGCACGGCCACGUUUCUGGAGCAGGACGAAGGAAACAGAAUCCGAAGAGAGAUGAUGGCUGAGAGGGCAACUCUUGGUUUCUACGGUGGCAGUGACUACGACGCGCAUGGCUACGACAAACAGAACUACGACGCUAGACGUAUCUACGAUGAUGGAAACAGAUAUUUCGGCAAUGAAAUAGACAAGGACCUGUACCUCGAGAAGAGAUUACGAGAUUAUUACCCAAAUUACAACCCUGAAGGAAGUUCCAGUAAUACUCGGGAACUGUACUGCGAUCCACGAGGAAGGCCAUAUGACAACCGUGGAACAUCGGGCUACAGCUCGACCAGCGGUGGGUACAACAGCCGUGGAGGAUAUGAGGACAGAGGACGUGGAGCGUAUAAUGGAGGCAGAGGUCGAGCAUAUGAAGAUCGCAACAGAGGAUACCAGCCAGUGUAUGACAGAAACAGAGGCGGUAUUGCAGAACAAGAAGAUAGACUGACUGGCGGAAGAGGAUAUUACAGCAACAGAGACGCAGCUGAUAACGUUGGAGAAGGGACCGUUGGAUUUUACGGGAGAAAUAGAAGGCCAUAGUAAUUUUUCUCAACUCAGGAAGUUCAAAAGUCAGAAAGCUGAACAGAUAACUUACAAUUUGCGAAUUUCAAUAGUCUACUACAGUAUAGAGAUGAUAAUCGACGUCGAUAAUUCAUUUUAAAGCGAUAUUUCUUAAAUAAUUUAACAUGUGACUUAUUUCACUUCGCUAUCACUCAUACUCUCACCCUCAACCCGACGAUUAUGAAGGGGUUCAUUUAGGUGCUAUCCCACACCAUAAUAAGUGACGAGCGGGGUAAGAGCUCCAAUUAGUAGCAAAAAUCAGAUUUCCAUCUCUGUCGAGAUAUACAAUCAGAGUCACCCAGGAUUCGUCAAGAAUGUUACAGUGAGCACAUUAACUCUGAGACUAUCCGUUUGGUGUUAAAAUUAUUCAUGUGGACUUUCACUUACCCGAAUUCCCACCUUGUGCUGAUCCACUCUGCCCGACAGAUGCAACAUCGCCCGUCACUGAAGUAGGAUGGGUGUAGUUGAUGAACGAGUCGGUCGAAGUGAACGACUCAUUCGUGAGAGCUGCGAAGUCUCCUCUGUGGAAGAGACGUUCAUGAACGAUGCCUUCCUUCCUGCCCACGGAGUCACAAACGAUUACAAAAAAUGAACGAAGGUUGUCGAUUCGUCAAUGAAUUGUUGUUAUAAUGCUAAGACUCAAAACACGCAAUCGCCGCCAUGCUAGGUGCACACUACGUUACUCAAGUGAAACAUAUGCUACAGCUCUGGAAACUGCAUUUCCCAACAAUUCGUUUUUUAACUGGUCUCGUUUAAUAAAUAUGCAAUAUAUAAUAUUAGUUAAUUAAUAAAACACCAGUUUAAGUUG